AUGGAUGGUGCCAUUACCCUUUACACGUCCAUCGCAGCUCACGAGGAGUCCGAUCGGAUGCGUGAAGCUCUCCAACAAGGUGGAUUUCCCUACCAAGAAAAGGACGUGUCAACAAAACCAGAAUAUCAGACCGAGCUGAUCAUCCGCUUUGGUGGCGAAGUCACGUUUCCUGGAGUGCAGUUCAAGGAUACAUGGAUUUCAAAUCCAAGCGACGUUCAAGACGAAUUGAGUAAGCAAGUUGUUGAUCACCUUUUGGGUGGUAGCUCCGACAAUGAGUCCACGGUAGCUAAACGGGACUUGAAAUUUCAGCCUACCGCCAAAUCUGAACACGUGUCCACCACGGAGAGCUGGAUUAGCGGGAAAACGUCCGAAAGCAGCACUCUCGCCAAUUUCGUUCUUCCCAACGGAAACGCUGUCACUGUGGGAGCGCUUCUACGCCUCUUGCUUCGUGCUAUGACUCACAGGUGUGAGCUCCAAGACGGUAAGCCAUACUACUACUUUCGGGGCUAUGAGGGCAUCGAGUUGUGGUCCAUAUUGUUCUUCGACGAGCACGACGAGCUGAAAGCCACACAAUUUGGCAAUUUGUUGAUCGACCGCGGUCUCGUUCAUAAUUAUACGCCAAAAUGUGAAAAACUGGCCCACUCUUUCCUUGUUUUGCAGCCUCUUCAAGAACCACGUGUUUUGAACACGUUCGUAAAGUGGCCGUCUCCUUCCGACGAACGAUCUGAUCGAGACGAAGACCCGAUGGACGUUAUUUUACGCCUUUCUCGUCUCAUGGAUGACAUUUGCAGUGCGACCGACUACCGUGAAAAUCUGCCUCUUUUUCACGCUCUGGAGGAGGCAGUUUGCCAGCUACAGACAACUCGGUUUCCAGACUCUCCAGUUGAAAAGGUAACGUUCGGCAUUAAUCUUUUCAACCUUGUUGUGCGCCAUGGAAUGAUCGUGGCCGGAGAACGCAAUUGGACGUGGCCUCAAGCGCUUUCGGAAGUUCCACCAUUUUUUUCGAAGAUUGGAUACAACGUUGCGGGAGAAUGGAUCAACCUUGCCGAUCUACAGGCGUCUCUCUAUGGUCAACCGGGAGCUCGGGCUCCUAGCAUUUAUCAGCCAAGACGACCGCUGUGGAAACGUUUGCAACUCUGUAACGGAAUUUAUCCUGAUACUGACUUGCACUACGAUGCCCCGAUUGUUCGUACCGAUACACGCAUCCUUUUGGCAACGACCUGGGGAACGUAUUCAUCUCCGGGUGUUUCCACCCUUUAUCCCAAUCGACUGGAAGAAGGGCUCCAAACGGCAGCUGAGGCAUAUUGUCAACGUCAUGUAAUUGUGUGCGCGUCUGGUCAGGUCAGCUUGCCGUCUUUGUUGUCAUGGCAUCGGCACGAUUUCGGACAAGGCACGCCCGACCACGUUAUGAUGGAUAUUCUCCCGUACCUAUCCGUCAUUCAACUUCGCCAAAUUGAAGACCAUCGCAAUACGGGUAGCCUACGCGCUGUAUUUGAUUCAGAUUUUGACUGGAAUUGCGGAAUAUAUUUGUCCACGAGUGACGCUAACCUUAGUGUACGUCAGCAAGAAAUGCCACUGUCAUCAAAUGAAUGUGACGCCGAGAUUCUUCCAGAGCAAGCCCAGGUCGGCGCCGUUAAGAAAGCGCCACAAACGCAUGCUUUUGAACCUUCUGAUUCUCCGGGCAAUAUCCUCCGUCCACGGUUGGCUAAUAGCGGCCGCAAGGCAUCAUCUCGAGGUUUGCGGCGUUUGGCGGGACGUCAGCCUUCGACGGGAGAGUUUCAGAUGUUUCCUCCCGGUCGAAAUGUUGGAAAGGUUCCAGACAACUCUUGGGUUGGUUCAGUCGAUGGGGAUCCCUGUGACAAUGACGACGACGGACACUCAUUUUUUCAAUCGGUGGUUUCGGAUGUUACGUACGGAUCCGAUUUUUAUACUUUGCUUGGGACAAGAUCUCACCGUCGAUUGAAUGUAUAA